CGGCCCUCCGUGUGCUGUUCAAGGAUACGCUAUAACUAAAAUACUUUCCUUUUCGCUAUUCUUUAAUAUUGCACACAUUAAAUGUUCAAACAGUUGCUAGAAGAGAAGUUAGAGCUGGGAAAGUGAGAGGUGGUAGUGCGGCGAGAUGCUGUUGCUGUUCUACGGAAACACAAGCGCACUGAGCCGCAAGUGCACAUUUAAAGGGGAAUAACAACAACGCUCUCUUUGUAUACAUCAGAGUUUGCCGAGGCGUUUACAGCGUCUGAUUAACGUCCAGCCACCUUCUUCCUGUGCGGCCGCGUUAUAUGGACAGUGUUGGGGUGAGAUAGAAGGUGUACUCGUCAAAUUAGAGCAACUAAAUCAAACAUUUGGGAUCUAUUUCUUUCUCGGUUGGCUCGGUUGUCCUGGUCGUCUGUUGAUCUGGAACCGAUCGCCAUCUUGAAUUUUAAUGUAAUAUUUUUGGACGAUUUUUUUGUCAGUAUGACUGUUUUUGGGGAUGUUUUUCGAUCGCAUUGGACUUUGGUGAUGGAAAAGCACUGACGUGGAGGAGGAAAAGUCAAUCAACUGAAAGCACAAGUGAGGUUUUAUUCGGAGUACCUGAGUUUGGCUGAUAAGACGGCAGAUCAGUUGUUCCAGUUGGCUCCUCAUUGAAUGUUUUCUCACAAGCACACAGAAGCUCAAUGCACCUUCUCCAAGCAGCCAGCUGGUAUGAAGUAGAUGGGAGAAUCCAAGAACAUGGUGCUGAAUGGCAGGAGACAUGGCAGCAAGUUCUCCAGUAAUCAGCCCGUAAGCAAGUCCAGGCUUCAAAACCCACAGAGAGCCCAUUUGCACCAAAGCAAGAGCUCCCCGAGUGGCAGGAGAUGCAGCCGACGUUGCGGAGGGGCGCCCCCUGAGGCAGAACGGCGCCAUGUUCCCUCAUCGGGAAUGACUGCCAAGGAGCUAUGUGAAUAUGAUGAUCUAAGUACAAGCUUGAUCCUGGACCCUUACCUUGGCUUUCAGACCCACAAGAUGAACACAAGGUUUCGACCAAUCAAAGGUCGCCAGGCUGAGCUGAGGGAAGUGAUCGAGCAUUUUAAAAAACAUGACAACCUGGAUAAAGCUUUCCAGGCUCUGACCUCCGGCGACUGGACAAGAAAUCACUUUUUAAACAAAACCAAGUCCCAGGAGAAGCUCUUCAAAGCGCAUGUGUUUGUUUACCUACGCAUGUUUGCUUCAGACAGCGGGUUUGAGAUCCUACCAUGCAAUCGCUACUCCUCUGAGCAAAAUGGAGCCAAAAUUGUAGCAACAAAAGAUUGGAAGAGAAAUGAUAAAAUAGAACAUCUUGUGGGAUGUAUUGCGGAGUUGUCUCUCAGUGAAGAGAGGAUGUUGCUUCGACAUGGAGAGAAUGAUUUCAGUGUCAUGUACUCUACACGCAAAAACUGCGCCCAACUCUGGCUGGGACCAGCAGCUUUUAUAAACCAUGAUUGCCGGCCAAAUUGCAAGUUUGUGUCAACAGGCCGUGAUACCGCCUGUGUGAAGGUUCUGCGGGAUAUUGAACCGGGGGAAGAGAUCUCCUGUUACUAUGGAGAUGGAUUCUUUGGAGAAAACAAUGAAUUCUGUGAAUGCUAUACUUGUGAAAGGCGUGGCACUGGUGCUUUUAAGUCGAAAGCAGGGUUGCCUGUGGAGACUCCAGUGAUUAAUAGCAAGUAUGGCCUUAGAGAGACAGACAAGCGUCUCAACAGACUGAAGAAGCUGGGGGAAAGUGGCAGGAAUUCUGACAGCCAAUCUGUGAGCUCCAAUGCAGAAGCAGACUCUCAGGAACCAACCACUGUACAAACAUCAUUACGGAAGAGGACGUCACAGUCCUGUAUCACAAAGCAUGGUGAAUCUAAGGCUGCAACAAGGCAAACUCUGUCAAGCACUUCUUCUACCUCAUCCUCUACACGAAGUCAAAAAAAUAUUUCAAGUUUACCAAAGAGACUUAAGUCAAAGCCCACACAGCUUUUGCCUAAAAGAAGAAGACGGAGUCGAAGUGAAUGGAUAAAAGCACCUAGCAGAGUGAGUGGUAAUGGGAAUCUCAAAGAGCCCUCCAGAAGAGACACAUCCAGACAAGGUUCUGUUCAGGGCUUUGGAGGCAAAGGCAGUGUGGUGCGCCCAUUGGAAAACAAUCAGAGCUCUUUAAAGUGUGCUUCCCCAUGCAAGGAUAGCAUACUUUGUGGUUACAGAACUCGUAGGUCCACAAGGACCUCUCUUGGUGUUCAGGGGGCUGAUAUCAGUACACAAACAUCAAGUCAGCCGUUUAUCCCAGACACAGGUCACAGUGGGGAUGUAUUCAAGGCAGAGCCUGGGGAACUCAUCCCUGUGACACCAGGACACCAGAUGAACACCCCUAGUUUGGAGACAAGCUGUCCUAAGAAAGGUAUGUGUCCCAGACGGAGGAGGACAGUAAAACAGGAAGACUCUGGCUCCUAUGGAGAGUCCUUUCACCAGGAGGGCGUACCUGACCUGCGGCAUGCAGUAAGGCCUGCAGAUGUAGCAGAAUACGAAACAGUGGUGCUUGGCCUCCCAGGACCUCACCAGCACUACAAUGGCUCCACUAAAAGCAGCAAGGCCCUCCGUCGAGGAAAGGGCAAGAAAAAGCGGCAGAUCACGCGCUAUGAUGCUCAACUGAUCUUGCAGAAUAACUCAGGCAUCCCCAAGAUAACACUACGCAGGCGUCGCGACAGCAGCAGCAGUAAAAAUGAGCCCAGAGAGUCCAGCUCUUCAAGCUCCUCCAAAAUCAGCAUCAAGUUUAGUAAAGAUCAUGACAAGGACAGGAGCAGCCAAUACGUGGCCCAACUGAAUAAUGGCUUCAGCAAUGGCUCCCACAGCAGCUCUACCAAGUUGAAGAUACAGCUAAAACGGGAGGAAGACAGCACAGGCUUGCAUCGAGCUUACCCAGAGGAUGUCACGUUAGGGAUAGUGAAGAGAGAAGCAGGGGAUGUUCUGGAUCAUAAGGUGGGCGCUCAGGUAGACCAGAAUAUGGACGUGGAGUCGUUGUCCUCUGAUGACGAAGAAGAUGACUACUUUGAUAAUGAGGACGAUUUCAUCCCACUCCCACCAGCAAAACGCCUACGUCUUAUUGUGGGCAAAGAUUCCAUAGAUAUUGACAUUUCCUCUAGAAGAAGAGAAGACCAGUCUCUAAGACUCAAUGCAUAAGCUGUGUAAAUAUCCAUUGUUUCAAUCGUGUUAAUUUGAUCGAAAGUAAUUUAAAAGGAAAAUGCAAAUGUACAAUUAAAUCAUGGCAAAAUAUUUUUCUUUAUGUUAGUGAAGGCACUUCUUUGUUUCCUCACUAUGAAUAUAAAUAUUGUAGAAAGUGUACAGGUUAUGUAUGAAUUCUAUCCAAGUCUGAUAAUGUGCUGAUGUUUGUUAGCAUUCUGUCCAGCUUACUGUUUUAUUCCAUAAAUCUCAGCUUUGUGUGACUGUAGGAUGAUGCAAGGUGUUUAUCCCAUUAGAAAACAUAUGCAUGGUUUCACUUCAAAAGGUUGACCCUUCAUAUUGAAACAACAGUGUUCCCAUGCAUUCAAGAAUUGUGUGUCUCUCCUCUGCUUGAUCUGGUUAAAGGGAAUAUUUGAGAAAACAAUACAGAGGAGCUUUGACAAAAUACUUAAAUUUAUAAAUAUCUCACCACUUGAAGUUUUUUUUAAUUUUUAUUAAAAUUCUUUUUUAUCAUGUGUCAGAUAUUUUGGCUAUGGAAUGCCAUGGUGCUCAUUGUGGUGGUCUGGUGCUGGUCCAUUAAGAUAUUGGACAAUUAAUUAUUAUUCUGUGAAUGUCAGACCUUUUUGUGUGACCUUGGAAGUCCAUAGAAAAGCGUGCCUAAGGGUAGAGGUCCUCAAGAAAUGGGUUGCACUGAAAUGUUAUCAAUCAGUAAUCGUUUUUUCCUGAAUCAUGGUCAUUGUGCUUUUCAGUACAUCUAAUUGACUUUGUGGUUUUGUGUGCAUUUUGUGCUCUGCCUAAAAAUGAUCAAAAAUUAAGGAAAAAAAAAAAGACCCUGAGGUAUUCAAAGCAGUUGUAUGUUUCCAUUGUUCACCCCAUUAGUAGGCAGCUGCCAUAUUAGGCUAUAUUAAUUUACUUGUUUCUAUCUUUACCUUUAUUAUAUAGUUUACAUUCUGUAGUGUCAAAGGUCUGCCGUCUAUGGGCUGAAAGAAGUUUUUAGCUUCUGAUUAUCCUAAUGAUCACAGAACUCCAAUGGUCUCAAGCUCACAAACUGACUCUAAAGAAUCAUGACAGUAACAAUGUAGGAUGUAUACAUAAUCUGGGGGCAUACUGUUCACUCUGUAUAUUCUGGGACUUGUUUUUAUUUAACUGUUUUAAGUACUUGAAAACAAUAUAAAACUCA